AUGGUCGACCGGAAAGCAAAAAAUCUGGCUGAUGCCGAUUGCUUCAGCUGCCUUCGCUGGGCAUGGAAGCCUUUGAAGUUGGCAAUGCCAGAUGGCUCGCCGCACAUUCCCGACACUUCCCCCCAGAGUUGGGGCCUGCCCCCUGAUAUUGAUGAAGUGCCGUCCAAGGAGAGACCACGUGUUGGCAGUUGGGCAUCUCCCGUACCAUCCUUUGCAGCACCAUGGGGCACGUGGCAAAUGCCGGAUCCUGCCAAGCCUCUGCAGGCACCCCAUUCCAUUGACAUCAAGCUCAACAUCGAGACUGAGCAUGUGGAGCACCUGGUCAGCAAGACUGUUGCUACCGCCCAGCCUCGCAGGCUGCAGGAGAUUGGCUGGCGGCAGGCGCCUGGCGCCCGCUACUCGCCACAGCCUGGCUUCAUGCUUGAACAGAUCUUGGCUUCACCAGGAAGCCUGCCACCACAUGAGGCUCGCAGCGACAGAGCAGUCGCUGAUGUUGAAAAGGCUCUGGCCGAGUUGCCGAAGUAUGCUUCCACCAACGAGAGAAUUGCCAAGUGCCCUCGACGGCUUCUGACAGAACGCGGUCUUCCCGGACAGAAGCUACGGCGUGGAAUUCUCAAAGGCAGUACUAUUGCCUUCAUCACCACAGGCUAUGAAGGCAAGCGUUUCAUCUACGAGAAAGCUCAUGCCCUGGGUGUUCGCUCAGUCCUCUUUGACAGUGCUGACUCCUGGAGCCGCCAGCUUGUUGAUGAAGGUAUUGCGGUGAAGUUCCUACCAAUUGACAUGUCCCAGUCCUCUGACCGCGUACUCGACUUUUUGAUCGAGGCCAUCCGGAACCUUGAGAAAGAUCCGAAAAUUGGCAAAGUGGAUGGCGUGGCGACCUUUGCAGAGCUCUCCGUCCCGCUGACCGCGCGUCUAGCCGAGGCGCUAGGCGUCCCCGGGCCAGCACCAGAAUCUACAGACCAGGCACGGGACAAGUUCCUCACACGCAAGGCGCUUGCACAACACGGCCUUCCCACGCCGCCGGUCUACGAGAUCAUCUCCGAGCAAGACAUCGACCAGGCCAUCCAGACCGUGGGAUUCCCGGCCGUGCUGAAGCCCGUGUCUGGUGCCGCCUCCGUCGGGGUGAAGAAGGUGGAAAACGAGCUUGAGCUGCGGUCGGCAUACAACGCGAGACAUCACGAGUUGGGAUCCAUGGUCAUUUCCAGCGGCGCCAUCAUCAAGGAUGAUGGACAGCAAGGUGCAGCUGUAGGGGCAAGUGCCGUGAUUGGCGCCCGCUUUGUGCUGGAAAGCUAUCUUGAUGGGGAAGAGGUUGAUGUGGAUGUCGUCAUGUCGGACGGUGAAUGGCAGUAUGCUGCUGUGUCAGACAACGGCCCCACGUUAGAGCCAUACUUCAACGAGACGUGGGCGGUCUCCCCAUCUCUACUGCCUCGUGACAAGCAGCUUGCGCUGCGGGAGCUGGCCGUGAGCAGUGUCAAGGCACUUGGCUUCCAGGAUGGCAUCUUUCAUGUUGAGCUGAAAUACACCAGCCAACAUGGAGCCCAGCUCAUCGAGGUGAAUGCCCGGAUGGGUGGUGGCCCGGUGUAUUCCACGAAUCUGAAAACCUGGGGUGUUGACCUCGUGGAAGAGACUUUGUUCUGCGCUGCCGGCAUCCCCUCGCGGCCGGUGGCGACAAGGAAGCCGCUGGAGUGCAUCGCCAAUGCCGACGUGAAUGCGCUGCGCUCUGGAAGGCUAGCAGACCUCAGCUUCAUGCAGCCCCUGCUCAAUCGUGAUGGCGUUGUGUCGCACAAUUGCCACGUUAGAGAAGGGGAGGAGGUCGUCGGACCACAAGAUGGUUUACCGACCUGGCUUGUGGAAGUCGUUGUUUCGAGGCCAACGCCCCGCGAGGCACUUGACUUUCUCUUGAAGCUGGAGGCCGAGAUCCAAGCCUUGGUCAAUCUGUCCUAG